AGACUGCCCCACUUGGUCCUUUUUCUUUCUUUUUAUGUCCCCCUCUUCUUCCUCUUUCUCUUUCUCCUUCUCCUUCUCCCUUUUCCCAGCUUUUUUCCAGCUCAAAGAAACCUCAUUCUCUUCCGUCUCUUCAUUUUCCCUGUUCCAUCCUUUCUUUUUGCUUUUUUCUCCCACUUUUGGUUGAAAUUUGAAUCAUCAAAGGUGGGUUUCUUGUUGCGUACUCGAUUCUGCGUCAACAGAGAUUAAAUCUGGGGCCAUUCUUUUCUGGGGUUCUUCUAUUUUAUGCUGAUAAUCUCUAUACGGCCCUUUGAUUUCUCUCCGCCAUGGCUUGUUCGUUGAAGAUUGCCUUCUCUGUUUCAGGGCUUAAGGAUAAUUUGCGUUGCUCUAAUUCAUCUGGGAUUUCUGGGUUUUCUACUUCUAUUCGUACUUCCAAUAUAAAAGGGUCGAAGCAGCCAGGGUUUCCUGUUUUGACCGUCGAUUUCUUGGGAAAACCUAUAGUGAUUUCGGAUCAAAUUGGUGUUAGAAACUCAAACCCUAAAGCCCCAAAUCGCCUUACAAUUAAUGCACAGGCUUCUAUCUGUAUAAGCCGAGCUCGGAGAUGGUGGGAAAAAACCUCAAAACCUAAUAUGGUGGAGAUCCACUCUGCUCAAGCCCUUGUGGAUGCAUUGCUUGAUGCUGGUGAUAGAUUGGCCAUUAUUGAUUUCUAUUCUCCUGGCUGUGGAGGUUGCAAAGCCCUUCAUCCUAAGAUCUGUCAACUGGCUGAAUUGAACCCUGAUGCAAUUUUUCUCAAAGUUAACUUUGAGGAGCUCAAAACCAUGUGCCAGGCUCUUCAUAUUCGUGUUCUUCCUUUCUUUAGAUUCUAUAGAGGUGGAGAAGGUCGUGUUUGUAGCUUUAGCUGUACAAAUGCAACUAUUAAGAAAUUCAAGGAUGCAUUGGUGAAACAUGGAACCGACCGGUGUAGCAUCCUUCCAGCUAAAGGAUUAGAUGAAUCCGAGCUCGAACGGUUAGCAAUGGCGGGUGAAUUAUCAUUAAGUUCACCAUCACCAUAUCUUAAGGAAAGAACAUUGAAGGAUCUAGUGAUGAGAGAGAUGGAUUCUUAUAGUUCUUGGAAUAGAGCAGGCAAUAGUAUGGAACUCAUGGAAGAUAAUAACUUGAUUCUUAAGCUCUGAAGGAAAGCUGUGAUGGCACUGAGCAGAUUGGAAGAUUAUUAGUUGUGGAGGGAAAAAUUUUACUCCAUGCUUUUGUAUUUGUUUAGUAGAUUUUUUAUUUUUCCUUUCUUUUUGGGAUUGUUGUACAUAGUUAGGAUUUGGGGUUUUCCCCUCCAUAAGCAAGGCCUCUGUUUUUUCCCAAUGUGUGCCUUGCCCAUUGUGCCCUGCUUUUGCCAACUCUGUUGAAAGAACUGGAAUUAGCUUUCUGUUUCAGUUUUUAAUACACAGAUGAAUCUUUUGAUUAUGAUGAUUCAACUCUUCUCAUUCUU